GGAAAAAGGAACAUUUUGAAUACGGCCAAAAGCUUGGAAAAGAUUGCGCCGAGCACGAAUAUUGAUCUUCAAAUUUCCAUAAAAAUCUUGGCCAAACGCAAAAGUUCUCCUAAGGCUGAAUC